AUGUGCCCUAUUACCGUUGAUGUCUGCCUGUUUGAUUUGGACGGGACAAUUGUAGAUACAACCGAUGCUGUGGAAGCGGCCUGGCAAAAGGUCGGCCGGGCACACCAAGUAGAUGCGGCCAAGAUCCGGCGGAAUUCUCACGGGCGGCGUGCGAGCGAAACGUUCAAGCAGUACUUCCCGGAUGCCGACAAUGACGCCGCUGUGAAAGAGUUCGAACAUGCGCUGGUGUCUCAGUCGCACUACGUGGGCUUGAUCCCAGGCGCGAACGAUCUACUCCUGACGCUGGACCGGCCCUCUGGCUGCAACCCGGGCGAGGUCUUCCGCGAUAACAGAUGGGCGAUCGUUACCUCUGCCACGCCAUCACUCGCCCGUUCCUGGUUUAACACAUUGCUCAAGAAGGUCAAACCUCCAAAAGUCUUUAUUACGUCUGCGGAUGUGGCAAAGGGUAAACCAGAUCCUGAGGGGUAUCAAAAGGCCAAGGACCAGUUGGCAGACAUCCUUGGGCUCAAUAAGGACAAGGUUCGCGCGGUAGUUUUCGAGGACUCAGCAUUAGGUAUACGGGCCGCGAAGGCGAUGGGGGCGAUUGCGGUCGGCAUCACGUCGACCUACAGCAAAGAUGUGCUAUACCGUUCUGGCGCAGACUAUGUGGUGGAGGACCUCGCGCAGGUCUGUGUCAUGCAGAAUGGUCCAGAUGGUAUUACCUUAGAGAUAACGGGGAGCAUGGAGAAGGGGACUUCGGAUGCUGUGUUCGAAGAGGACGAGGAAGACGAGGCUGGUGAUGAGACUAAUGAUGAUGACGAUGACGAUGACGAUUACAACGAAGAUGAAUAUUACGACAAUUCGGACGGCGACCACGGCAAAGGAAGGUAA